AUGAUAGACACAUCGGCAAAAUAUCGCGUGGAAUUCGAAAGGGAUAUAGCUAUACUGUAUAUGAAUGAUGGUGAAAAUAGGUACAACUUAGACAGUCUUGCAAGUCUUCAUAGUGCACUUGAUCAGGUGGAAGGAAAUUCUGAAGUUAAAGCGCUCAUCAGUGUUGGUGUUGGCAAGUUUUAUAGCAAUGGUCUGGAUCUUGAUUGGUUGAUGGAACAAGAUGUUUCCAAGAUCGAAAUUUUUCACAAACAAAUUCACAGACUUUUCCUUCGUUUUUUGGUGUUUCCUGUUCCAACGAUAGCAGCUAUCAAUGGUCACUGUUUUGCGGCAGGUGGAUUCGUGGCACUGUGCCAUGAUUUUCGUAUCAUGCAAAACAACAAAGGAUGGUUUUCCUUGCCGGAAGUACACAUCCAUCGACCAUUUGAAUACCCAAUGGUUAAAAUUCUAAGUCAUCGUAUUCCUCCCGGUAAACACAUGAGAGAUGUGGGAUUGCUCGGUAAACGGUACACCGCGGCUGAGCUAAUGCCGACUGGAUUAUUAGAUGGGGUUGCCGAAGGAAAACAAUUGCUGGAUCUAGCGAGGACAAUGGCUGCCGAUCUUGUGAAGAUCGGACUUAACAGACAGACAUACCACGCCAUGAAGCUCUCUAUGUACGAAGACCUCGUGGAAGCAUUACAGUAUGUUACAUUACAAGAUCCUGAUUUGUUAAAACACCGAGGCAAAGAGAAAGCAAGGUUAUGA